CUUUCUUCUUAUUUAGACCCCCACCUUCUUUCUCUGCCAUUCCAAUCAACGCCUCUCUUCUUUCUCUCUUUUCUCUCAAGCUCUCUCCUUCAUCUUCAAGAACACAAGACCAAAUCAAUCUCCCACCAUCUCCUCAAAUGGGCAUAGAUGAUCUGUGCAACACAGGCCUUGUUCUGAGUCUUGGCCUCGAGACGCCCUUCAAGAUCGAAGCCCAGAGGCAAGCCAAACAGCGCCUUAACUUCGAGCCCUCUCUUACGCUGUGCCUCUCCGGCACGACCAAAGCUACCCGCGACGAGCAGCCUCCGGCGGACCACUUGUAUCGCCAGGCUUCGCCGCACAGCCACAACAGCCUCAGCGCGGUGUCGUCGUUCUCGAGUCCGCGGGUGAAGAGGGAGAGGGACCUCAGCAGCGAGGAGGCCGAGGUCGAGACGCGGGUGUCAUCGAAGGCGAGCGACGAGGACGACGACGGCGCGAAUGCGAGGAAGAAGCUCCGGCUCACUAAGGAACAGUCUGCUCUUCUGGAAGAGAGCUUCAAACAGCAUAGCACUCUCAACCCUAAGCAAAAGCAAGCUCUAGCGAGGCAGUUGAAUCUACGGCCCCGCCAAGUCGAAGUGUGGUUUCAAAACAGGAGAGCCAGGACGAAGCUCAAGCAGACCGAAGUGGACUGUGAGUUCCUCAAGAAGUGCUGUGAGACGCUGACCGACGAGAACCGGCGAUUGCAGAAGGAGCUCCAAGAGCUUAAGGCCCUGAAACUGGCCCAACCCUUUUACAUGCACAUGCCCGCGGCGACCCUCACCAUGUGCCCCUCGUGCGAGCGGAUUGGUGCGGGCCCGAGCGUCGACGGCGCGGCGCCGACGAAGGGCCCUUUUUCGAUGACGACAAAAUCACACUUAUACAGUCAUCACUUUACCAAUCCAUCUGCUGCUUGCUGAUUAGAAGUUAUUAGGGUUUUAGAGAUAUUACACAGAGAGAGAGAGAGAGAGAGACAUAUAUAGACCCCAAAUCACAACCCCCUAUAAUUUUUGCUUGAGGGCUUGUAGCUAGUUAAAGAUCCAAUGUAAUUAUUUGUUAGGGACAUAUAGUAAACUCCUGAUGGAUCAUCAUCUCCUUGUUUUCUUUCUUCUUUUUUGGGCUUAAUCUGUAUAUGUUUUAACAAUAUAUCUGAGAUUAUCAAUGGAGGAAUUACUUUAAUUUAUUAUUUUCA